GAGGGAGAGAAGUCUCCUCAUGGUAUGCCUUGCGUUAGGGAAGUUCUGAGGUUUUUCAUUUCCAUUAUCAAUCCUAAAGACAGGAAUGACAAACGAGUGAUAUGCAUUGGAUUGGAUUUGGUGACUGUUAUGUUGGAGUGUGGCGGGAAGAGUCUUGUAGACAUUAAAUCACUGAGAGUUCUCAUGCAAGACGGACUCUACCAUCACUUACUUGCUUUGCUUAAGCACGAAUCUAUAGAUGAUUUUGGUCGCUCUUUGAGAAAGUGUUUUCUUUUUAUUUAAAUCAUCAUCUCAAACUACAACUGGAGGUAAAGAA